UACUUCUUCUCGACAACAGCAGGAUCUUUUGGUUCCUCUAUUGCUGGAAGCCAAAAUCGAACCAUCAAUUUCAAUGAGGGGCAACGAGAGUUUCCUGUGUUAGUUUCGGAGCAGAUGAUGUACUACCCGAUGAUGGUCAUUGACGGCGACGGCAGGCACACAACUGACCGAACUCCACCGGUUAGUAGAAGGAUGGCAUCUAGUUGUACUUCACCUGAUCAUUAUGUAGCUCAUGAUGGGGAAGGACAAGAAAGUGAAUCCGCUAUCGACGCAGAGGAAGAAGAACAGCGUGUCGAGUACAAUCGAUCUGCUUAUAGUAGGAAAACCAGUUCUUGUGCUAGAACAAGAGCUGGAUCGUCUCAACAUCAGAGACCAUUGUCGGUCAGACUACCCAGACGCGAUGAAAUUGCUGAUUAUUUAGGAGACGCAGAUUUCGUGGAAACGUUGUUGCAUUCAUCGAAAGAAGUGCGGCAGCGGGAACCUCCUACCAAAGCCGAGGAGGAAGAGGAUGACGACUCUUCCUUAGGCAUAUUUGAGGAUGAUGAUGAUGAUGAUGAAGGCGAGGAUCAUAAUUUGUCCGUUUCUCCCAAGAAGAUGAAUAAAUCCAACAACAGUUACAGCGCUGCUUCCUCUGGGAGGCCAAUGUCGGCGAAAAACCUUCAACGCCCUUUUUCAGCUAAGUCUUCGAAAGGAGUAUUCAGUUCAGUAGAUUAAGGCUUGCCGUAAUUCAUCUGAAGAAGCAUCUUCGUCUUGAGGCCUAAUAAACAUACUUGUAUCGACGUGUAUGUUUAUAUCUCCAAAGCUAAACGGGUAUUCGGUAGCCUGGUUUUGAUCACAACCUCCACAACAAGGAUUCUCUUCUUAUUUUCCCUUAUAAUGAUCAAAAUCAGGCUACCAAAUAACGGAAGCAUACAUCGACCCGUUUACUUUUAGAGGUAUAAACAUCACGUCGAAGAUGCGCCUCACAAGAUGAAAAUCGGUAAGGUCUAAGUAGAUGAGUUUUCCAGAGGUGGUGGGGAGGAUGAGAUCUUUGAAGUAGAAGUGUCAAGUGGAUGGAAAGUGUUGUCGAGGUCGGGAGGUGACGAAAGUAAUAGGAUUC